CCCAACACCAAUACAACUUAACUUUUUCUUCUGGAGAAAAGAUAACGAGGGAACUGACGUCUCUUGGAAUAUAUAAACACUCCCUCGGAGUUUAGAGGCUAUGUGCUUGGUGGGGAGAUUUAGCUGCUUCUCUUCUCAUAACUCGAUGUAAGUCAUGUGUUAAGUACUUGUACGUUCAGCUUUAAAGUCAGUUGCCCUUAUUCAAGCAGCUUCUCUCAGGAACAUCAGUGAGUCUAUUCGGAUCAAGAAGUGAGAAAAAAACAUCAAGCCUUACAGCAAGAAUAUUUUUACAUUGUCUAUCUUCACCCUGACAAAGGAGAGGAAUGGGCUGUAACAGAAACUGUGGGCUCCUCACUGGGGCCAUCAUCGGUGCUGUGCUGGCUAUCUUCGGAGGAGUUCUGAUACCAGUUGGAGAUAACCUAAUAGGCAAAGCAAUAAAAAAGGAAGCUGUCAUUGCAAAUGGUACCAUUGCUUUUGAAAAUUGGCUUGUGCCAGGAAGUUCAGUUUACAGGCAAUUUUGGGUUUUCCAUGUGCAAAAUCCUUCAGAGGUAUUAGACCAAGGAGCACGUCCAAAACUUGAACAAAGAGGACCUUACACGUACAGGGUGCGAUAUUUACCCAAAGAAAAUAUCACGGAAAACUCUGAUGGCACAAUAUCCUACAUGUUGCCUAAUGUUGCUCGUUUUGAGCCUGAUAUGUCUGUUGGGACAGAAAAUGAUACCAUCACGUGCCUCAACCUUGCUGUUGUUGCUGCACCUGCCUUGUAUACAAACACUUUUAUACAACUACUAUUAAAUACUUGGAUUAAAGCUUCUAAGUCAUCCAUGCUGCAGAACAGAACAGUUAAAGAAUUACUGUGGGGAUACAAAGAUCCCUUCUUAAACAAGGUCCCCUUCCCCUUGGACCCAGUUCUGGGAGUCUUCUACCCGUAUAAUGGGACAUUCGACGGACUUUACAAAGUCUAUACUGGGAAAGAAGAUAUUAAAAAAACAGCAAUAAUUGAAAGCUAUAAAAACAAAAGGAAUCUUUCAUACUGGGAAGGUCACUGUGAUUUGGUUAAUGGCACAGAUGGGGCAUCAUUCCCACCGUUUGUUAAGAAGGAUCAGAUACUGCGCUUCUUCUCCUCCGAUAUUUGCAGAUCGAUCUAUGGAGUUUUCCAGGGCAAGGAGGAUGUGAAGGGAAUCUCACUCUAUCGUUUCACAGUUCCUCGUGAAGCAUUUGCAUCUCCUGCUGAAGUCAGAGAUAAUUCUUGCUUCUGUACAGAUGAAGUCAUAUCAAAGAACUGCACAUUAGCUGGAGUCCUAGACAUUAGUGCCUGCAAAGCAGGAAGACCGGUAUUUAUCUCUCUUCCACAUUUUCUUCAUGGAAGUGAUUCUCUGUUGCAUGAUGUCGAAGGCCUGAGCCCAAAUGAGAAGGAGCAUGACACAUUUCUAGAUGUAGAGCCUAUCACUGGUUUUACACUACAAUUUGCGAAAAGGCUGCAAGUAAACCUCCUUGUGAAGCCUGCACCAAAAAUUGAAGCUUUAUCAAAAGUUAAAAAACCUUAUGUUUUUCCUCUUCUUUGGCUAAAUGAGUCUGCUGUUAUUGGGGAUGCAAAAGCAGAAAUGUUCAGAAGUAAAGUCACCGGUCGAGUCCAGAUGCUGAGUGUGCUGCAGAUGGUGUUAAUGAUCACAGGUUCUGUGCUGUUCCUUGCAUUCAUGGGUUCCUAUUUCAUAUGCAGAUCAAAGAAAUUAAAAUAAGUAAGUGACAAAAGACUUCAGAGGUAGACAAUGUUUAAUUGAAAUUUCAGCCAAGCAGCAUGUUAAAAUUCAGAGACAAAAGGUAUGAUUCAAGGCACAGUCAGUCCACGUGCUAUGGAAUUCAACAUGCUUUUCCAUUUUGAGAAGACCAACUCACUAACCCAAAUAAGCUGAUGUUUCCAAAGGUCCACACUUCUGACAUCACUGAAGAGGCCACCAUGGAAACUAUGUUUUCAAAUAACUUUGAUUAUUUGAACCUUUUUACAAAUUUUAAAUGACAUGCAAGCAGACUGAAGUUGAGAUGCAGUUGGAUUUUAGUCCACCUUCUGCCAUUUAUGCAGCUUGCUACUUUUUUUCUUCUGGGAUUUGCAAGACAAAUGAAAGCCAUUUGCUGAUGUUCUGUCUCUGAGCACAGGCUGGGAAUGACAACACCUUUGAGCUCAUGCCGUGCUCUAGAUGCUCUCAUUGCAAUGUUUCUUUCUGUUCCUUCAAAGAAUGGAAGCUGCUGCAAUAGAACUGCUCUCUGUCGUCUAUUCAGGGAUGUGACUUGCGUUGAAUGUGAAGUUUAUUAUGUAAAGUUACUAACUGUAGUACAUGAAGUUAAUAAAAGACUUACUAAAAUAUGUGGUUUAUACAUUUUAUAUGGAGAUGGCUCAUAGACAUACCACAGUCAUUCAUAUGUUGAUGGAGCUCAUCAACAUUUGGCUCCACAGCUGUUUAGCAACCUGAGCUACUCCCUAACUCCCAACCUGCUCCACUGCUCUUACUGUUGCCUCCUGCGUGCUUUUCUUUCUGGCUGUUGCUUGAACACCGGCCUCUGCUCUGCCCCACUUUGCCCAAGGUCUCCCUUAGGGAAUGAUCUCAUAUGUCACCUUUAGGGUCAGGAUAAAAUAUUCCAGAAUGCUCCAGACACAGGAAAGACUGAGCUAAUGAUUUUGAUCAAACAUCAGGGGGUUCCACUUCCUUGCUAUAGAAGAACAUAAAUUAAAACAAGUAGCCCCAAUUCUUUACGAUAAACCAUCUGCCACAAGGAAAUUUGUGCAACCAUUUGUUUAAUGAGGUGCAUCAGCCUGUAGACAGGUAGCAAACACUGCCAUCUGCAUAAAUGGUUUACUUUUUCAUUUAAUCUGAAUGCUAUCUCUUAGAAAUGAGAGUCGAUGGGUCAGAUAUUGAGUGUUGUGGGGUCUCUCUUUUUCCCAUGGACCCACUGAAGAACCUAAGUUCAGCAUUUUCGAAGAUUUCUUCUUGGAUCUUUUGUCCUCUUAAAUAAGAGCUGCAAAGAAAAAGGAAGAUAAAAAAUGGCCAGCUUCUCAUAGCCUGGUGUUUGGAAAUAGUGCUACAAUGGGCUUUAAACCAGAAAGAUUUAUCUUGCUAGUAAAGGACAAUAUCUUUCGCCAGGUAUCUUUAGUAAGGUGUUUUCACCCUUUGGAAAUAAAAGGGAAAACCCAAUAGACUAAAAUGCUGUUGUUUUAAUCCCGUGUUGCUUGUGGACAAAGUUGUGUAGCUAUCAAUAGAGCUGAUCAAUCACAGAAAUCCCAAGAGAUUAUUCUUGAAGGCAAGGUCUAUGUGGUAGAUGGCUGCACGCUCAUUUUUCCAGCCAUGAGCUGGAAAUGCCAAGUAACAGGGCAGGAGACGUGAAGGAGGCAUGGCACUCAAGGGAAGCUCUGCUCUCACUUAGAGAGCCAAAGCAUUUGAUUACUCAUGCUGCUUGCUAGUCAAUGAAAAAUAAGACCUUUUUCUCAUCUCUACAUUAUUGCUGGUGUCAUAUGUGAUGCUCUGUUCUCAUAGUAGUCUGGGGACAGUUUGAUACAAUUGAAGGCAUCCCUAGAGUCCUAUGGCCUGGUCAAAAAAGUAUGAAGACCACAAAAGUCAUUGUCACCUUCUUCUCUGAAACAUGUACAGCUCUGCUGUGGUUCAAGAUCUGACACCAAGUUUCCAUAAUAAAACUAGUCUUUUGUGCCAGAACCUAAAGGUGAGAUCUUUUCACCAAAGGAACAACAGCAAUGCCUCUGUCAUUUUUGAUACACUAACAUUUCAGCUUUAUUUUCUUUGGCUUCAAGUCCAUUCUCAGCAAGUUAGCGUUUGCUCUACUAGUGUUGUUUAGUGCUCCAGCAGCAGUGAUUCAGCAAGUCAGGCCAUGAUUUUAAAUGUCUCAGGGCCCAAUUUUGCAUGCACACAAAUACGUUUGUUCGUAUGUAUAAUCUCAUUGAUCUCAAUGCAGGUUUGGACUUUUAAACUAUGUUCAGCACCUAAACUGCACUUGAAUUAUAACUAGUAGUUAUUUUGUCCAAAGCAUUGGUUACAGUUAUUGUUAAUUCAUGUUACUAAGGCUAAUGUUAAGUAUUUACAUUUGUUCAAACAGUGCAGGAUAAACAUUUAUUAGAAAUGUUAAUGAACUCAAUACAAAUAAAGCUCAAACUCUUCUUUCUGAGAUCCUUAUGUGUAAUUGUAAAUAAAGUCUUCUGUGUUGGAUAAUGAA